CUGAGGGAUGGCAGUGGCACUGACAGAUGGAGGUGGCACUGAUAGAUGGAGGUGGCACUGAUGGAUGGAGGUGGCACUGAUGGAUGGAGAGGGCACCGACAGAUGGAGGUGACACCGAGGGAUGGAGGUGACACUGAUGGAUGGAGGGGGCACUGAUGGAUGGAGGGGGCACCAAGGGAUGGAAGUGACACUGAUAAAUGGAGGUGGCACUGAUAGAUGGUGGUGGCACUGACCCAUGGAGGGGGCACCGACGGAUGGAGGUGGCACCAAGGGAUGGAAGUGACACUGACCCAUGGAGGUGGCACUGAUGGAUGGAGGUGGCACCGAUGGAUGGAGGUGACACCAGUCCUUGGAGGUGCCACCAAUGCCUGGAAGUGCCACCAAGGCCUGGAAGUGUCACCAGCCUCAAGAUGCCACCAAGGCCUGGAGGUGCCACCAGCCCCGAGGUGCCACCAGUGCCCCAAGGUGUCACCGACAUCUGCAGGUGCCCCCAACCCCAAAGUGCCACCAGUGCCUGGAAGUGUCACCAAGGUCUGGAGGUGCCACCAGCCCCAAGAUGCCACCAAGGUCUGGAUGUGCCACCAGUGCCCCGAGGUGUCACCAGCUCCAAGGUGUCACCAACACCUGGAGGUGUCCCCAACCCCAAAGUGCCACCAAGGCCUGGAAGUGUCACCAGCCCCAAGGUGCCACCAAGGUCUGGAGGUGCCACCAGUCCCCCAAGAUGCCACCAGUGCCCCGAGGUGUCACCAACACCUGGAGGUGUCCCCAACCCUAAAGUACCACCAAGGCCUGGAAUUGUCACCAGCCCCAAGAUGCCACCAAGGCCUGGAGGUGCCACCAAGGCCUGGAAGUGUCACCAAGGCCUGGAGGUGCCAUCAGCCCCAAGAUGCCACCAAGGCCUGGAAAUGCCACCAAGGCCUGGAGGUGCCACCAGUGUCCCGAGGUGCCACCAGCUCCAAGGCGUCACCAACACCUGGAGGUGUCCCCAACCCUAAAGUGCCACCAAGGCCUGGAAGUGCCACCAGCCCCAAGAUGCCACCAAGGCCUGGAGGUGCCACCAAGGCCUGGAGGUGCCACCAAGGCCUGGAAGUGCCACCAAGGCCUGGAAGUGUCACCAGCCCUGAGGUGCCACCAGUGCCCCGAG